GUGACACGUGUGACCGGUAGAUUAUGCCGGCCCUGUUGGUAUGUCUCCUGUUGGAAUGGGUUAACUGAAUUCUUUUAGACGAUGGAGUUCUGUGAUGGAGAACCGUUCUGGGACAGUAACCUGACUCUCACCAGCUCCUGGCCCCGUGUGACGUCAUGCUUCAGGAACACAGCGCUAGUGUACGGGCCAUGCGGGAUGCUGUUGGUGACGACGCCCUUCUACGUCUACUACCUCGCUCGGCAACCAACCAAGCGCUACCGCCAUACACUGCUACAACAAAUCAAACUGUUUUCCAGCGUGAUACUGAUUAUACUUGGCGUGGUGGAGAUCAUCAGCAUGUUCUCGGACAAAAGGGACGGUGGGCUGCCCAUAGACUUCAGAGCAGAUGUCAUUGCGCCAAUCAUACAGACUACGACACUGGUUGUUGCUCUACUAUUCAUUAUACUCGAGAUGACGAGAGGUCUCAUCACAUCAGGAGUGCUAUUUAUAUUUUGGUUCCUAAUGGUGGCAGCAAAUAUUAUACCGUUCUACACAUUCAUCAUAGAAAAGGAUUACAGUGACACGACACGCAUCAGUGUGUUCUAUAUCGGAUACUUCUUCAUGCUGGUGGAACUCCUACUUCAUUGUUUUGCCGAGAAGAGCAGGGAUUACUCCAAUGUUGUGUAUCCAUGUCCUGAGCUGGAGUCCUCCUACCUUUCCCGACUGACCUUUUCAUGGACAACAGGGCUCAUGGUCCAGGGAUACAAAAAGACCUUGACGGAGACUGAUGUGUAUGACCUUCACCCUCGGGAGCAAUCUGCAGGGGUGAUAGAACGUUUUGACAAGGUGGUGAAGCAGACUAGGAAAGACUUGAAAAGAGAUUGGACCAAGUCCAGCUACCAAAAUGGAAGUAUGAGGUACACCAACGGCUCGGUGUCGUUGAAAGCUGAUGGAACAAGCAAAAAGAACUACGGCUACACACCUCUACCAAAUGGAGACAUGACUGAAUCCACUCCGCUACUCACAUCGUCGUCACCCCCAGGACCAAUGUCGUCGUUGUGGAAGGUGUUGUUCAAGACGUUUGGGUUGGAACUGUUGCAGGCACAAAUAUGGAAGGUCAUCAACGAUGUGCUAAUCGUGACCAACCCUCUUAUACUAAAGGCUCUCAUUGCCUAUGUUGGCGAUGCCAGUAGUCCUGUCUGGAUUGGUUACCUUCUGUCCCUGGGGAUGUUCGUCAGUGUACUGUUGCAGGCGGUAACCUUCCACGUCCUCAACCACUACACCAUAGCCCUCGGCAUCAGGGUCAGGGCAGCACUGACAUCGGCAAUAUACAGAAAGGCACUUACGAUGAACAAUGAGGCAAAGAAGCAGGCGACGUCAGGUGAAAUUGUCAACCUGAUGUCCGUGGAUGUGACGAGGGUACAGAAGUACUGCGAGCAGAUCUACUGGGUAUGGGCAGCGCCGGAAGAAAUCGCUAUAUGUCUGUAUCUGCUGUACUCAACACUUGGAACAGCCAUGUUCGCCGGCCUGGCCUUCCUGCUACUGAUCAUUGGCCUCAACGUCCUGGUCAUGGCGAGGAUGAGCUUGCUGCAGGCCAGGCUCAUGAAGAUUAAAGACCAGAGGAUCCGACUGGUGAAUGAGGUGCUGAAUGGUAUCAAGAUAUUGAAACUAUACGCCUGGGAGGAGUCAUUCAGGGAUAAAAUACUCCGGGUCCGGAAGUAUGAGUUGAUGGUUAUAUGGCGGAUAGCUCUUCUGCAGGUCAUCCUCACCGUCACCUCCAUGAUAACCCCUUUCAGCGUCGGCCUGUUCACCUUCGUGGCCUACGUGUUUCUCAAUGGAUUUCAUAGCCUGGACGCCGGUACAGCUUUCGUUGGUCUUUCUCUGUUCAACACAAUGAAGAACCCUCUGACACUCUCACCCAAGAUAUUCAGUGACCUUGUGAAGUCUGUGAUCAGUGUGAACCGAGUAAACCGGUUUCUGCAUUAUGGUGACCUAAAAGCUAAACCAGCAACAAGAAGAGAAGGAGGUCACCCCCUGGUUGUCAAUAACGGGACAUUCACGUGGGACCAAGAGGCCCGACCCGCUCUCAGCAACAUCACGCUGCGCGUGUCCGAGGGGAGCCUGGUGGCUGUUGUUGGACAGGUGGGGUCGGGCAAAACAUCCCUCAUCUCCGCCAUCCUCGGUGAUAUGGACACCAUCGACGGUUACGUCAACGUCAACGGACGGGUUGCUUACGUACCACAACAAGCUUGGAUACAGAAUGAUACUGUUCAAAAUAAUAUUCUGUUUGGCAAACCUUUGCACCGGCGGAACUACAUCAAGGUUCUGGAGGCAUGCGCACUAAAACAGGAUCUGGAUAUACUUCCAGGGGGCGACAAGACGGAGAUCGGGGAAAAGGGAAUCAACCUGAGUGGAGGACAAAAGCAGAGGGUGUCUCUGGCUAGAGCUGUCUACAACGAUGCUGACAUCUAUCUCCUGGACGAUCCUCUCAGUGCUGUCGACAGCCACGUGGGCAAGCACAUCUUCAGUAAAGUGGUGGGCAAGACCGGACUUCUUCAGAAGAAGACACGCAUUCUGGUGACCCACGGUGUCCACUGGCUGCCUCAGGUUGACAUGAUCGUUGUAAUGACCAAUGGCAAGAUCUCUGAGAUCGGUUCGUAUAACCAACUGAUGAGUCACCAUGGCGCCUUUUCUCAAUUUUUGAUGACAUAUUUCACGGAGCCUAAAGAAGAAGAAGACUCUGAAGACGACUUCAGGAGAUGGAGAAAGGAAGUAUUUAAGCGGCUGAAGGUGCUCCACACUACCGACAGCGAACUCGAGUCGUCAGCAGAUGAGUUUGAUCGAACUAUUGAGAAAAUGAGAAGAGAUUCACUGCUGGAGGGAUUGUCUUCCUCAAUAAGAGUAAAGCGUGAUAGGAAGGACAGCAGGGUGGAGAUAAAGGACAUGAACAAGUUGAUAGAAGAGGAGAUUGUGCAGUCAGGUGUGGUAAAGAAGGCUGUGUACCUGUCGUACGCCAAGGCCCUAGGUAUAGUGAGCUCUGUGGUGAUGUUCCUGUCCUUCAUCCUGUACCAGGCAGGCACUAUAGCGGCCAGUGUCUGGCUUAGCGAAUGGACAGAUGACCCACAACUGAACAACGCCUCCCUUCCCUCGGACAGUCCGGAAAGACGAGAAAGGACAGAUCAUUUCAUGGGCAUUUAUGGUCUCUUUGGAGUCGUUCAAGCUGCCGCCAUCACGGUGUAUUCUAUUCUGAUGGCCGUCACGUCGGUCCACGCCUCCAGGAUCGUCCACAGCAAGAUGCUAGGUCAUGUACUUCGUGCGCCGAUGUCCUUCUUUGACACCACACCCAUUGGGCGGAUUCUGAACCGCUUCUCCCAAGACAUCGAUACUCUGGACAACGAGCUGCCCAUCACGCUGAUGAUGUGGAUUGGCCGUGUGUGCACGGUACUGAGUACCGUCAUCGUCGUCAGCUACACCACACCAUUGUUCCUGGCAGCAGUGGUGCCCAUCUUCAUCAUCUACGCUAUCAUACAGAGGUUCUACAUACCGACAUCGAGGCAGCUCCGACGUUUGGAGUCCAAGACUCGAUCUCCCAUCUUCGCCCACUUCAGCGAGACCCUAUCUGGGGGCAGCGUCAUCAGGACGUACAAAGCCGAGGACAGGUUCAUCAGACACUCCGAGAAACUCGUGGACAUGAACCAGAAGUUCUCCUUCGCUACCAACACAGCCAACAGAUGGCUGGGCGUCCGGAUCGAGUUCCUGGGAGCUCUGGUUGUGUUCCUGGCCUCUCUUUUGUCUGUCUUCCUGAAGGAUUCCAUCAGCGGUGGCACCAUUGGACUUUCGGUGUCCUAUGCUCUUGACAUUACCAUCAGCCUUAACUGGCUGGUGCGACUGACUUCAGACAUAGAAACUCAGAUUGUGUCGGUGGAGAGACUGAAGGAAUACACGGAGGUACCAAUGGAGGCCGCGUUAAGGAUAUUUUCUACCCGUCCUCCGAUCGAGUGGCCAGACAAAGGCGAAGUCCAGUUUAACCGCUAUAGCACCAGGUUUAGACCUGGACUAGAGUUGGUCCUGAAGGACAUAUCCUGCCGGAUCGCCCCAAGGGAAAAGGUCGGAAUAGUUGGACGUACAGGGGCGGGGAAGUCGUCGCUGACGGUGGCGUUGUUCCGUUUGAUAGAACCAGCAUCAGGGGACAUCCUUAUAGACGGAUACAGCGUGGGAAAGCUGGGCCUACACGAUCUCAGGGAGAAGCUUACCAUUCUCCCACAGGACCCGGUGAUUUUCGGUGGAACCCUUCGAAUGAACCUCGACCCCUUCGGUCAGUACCGCGACGCUCAGAUCUGGGUGGCCCUUGGUCAAGCCCACCUGAAGGAUUUUGUGAACUCUUUGUCCAGCGGUCUCGACUACCAGUGUGGCGAGGGAGGCGAAAAUCUCAGCGUGGGACAGCGUCAACUGGUGUGUCUGGCCCGAUGUCUGCUGCGGAAGACUAAGAUCCUGAUUCUGGAUGAAGCUACGGCAGCCGUUGACAUGGAAACUGACGACCUCAUCCAGGAAACCAUCAGAACCGAGUUCCAUGACUCAACCGUCAUCACCAUCGCCCACAGGCUCAACACCGUCAUGGACUACGACAGGAUUAUGGUCCUGGAUCAGGGCCACGUGGUUGCCUUCGACUCCCCGUCCAAUAUGCUGCAGAACACGGACAGCUUGUUCUACAAACUCGCCAAGGACGCCAACCUUGUCUGACCUACCUCCUCACCUCGUGUGAUCUACCUGCCUCACCUACAUUCAACAUAAUCAGAAAUUCACAACCACGAGCACAUUGGCCCGACUGAGAAGAUACAUUGCUUAAACCAAUGGUGAUAGUGGCAGUUCAGGUUCAAAGCAUUCGCAAACCCCCAGUUAGUCCAGUAGGUCAAAUGUUAUGCUGUACAUGUUAAUGGGACACAGUUCGCGAGGAUGUUACCUUUUGAACUCGGAGGUGACGGCAAGGACUACUACACUUUGUUGAUGCAAGACAGAAACAAUUCCCAUUUGGCAAUAGUGUUAGUUUUGUUGAGACAUCACUAUGUGAGUUAAUGAUUGCGUUGUACUGAAUGUCCAGUCUGUUUCAGAAGGUGGGUGGGAUGUGACGGAUGAAAGGGCCCAUCACUGAACAAUCAUGUGUUGUCUUAAUAUGAUGUCUCAAAUUGACUUAACAGUAGUUAGGGUAUUGAUAUUCAAACAUCGAGAAGACAUUAUGGCUACUAAACGUUAUUUAGGGUAAUUGAAUAUGGAACUUAUUUGUAGGCUUCGAUAGGGGUAGCCUUGCGGUUCACUUCGGUUCAGACCCCCGCCUUGAUAUUGCUGAAACAUUGCUGAAACAUUGCUAAAACCGGCGUACUCAGGCAGCCACUGUCUUAUGGGUAAUUGAUCAUGGAGUUAAUGAGUGAGUUAAGAUUUACUCAGCAAUAUUUCAGCUAUAUGGCGGCGGACUGUAAACACUCGAGUCUGGACCAGACA